AUGUCCCCAUGGAGUGGGUCGGAAACGUCCACGUUCCUGACAAGUCUAGCUACUUCUACUGGAACGGACGGCAAGGAAACGGUGGAAACCGUGUAUUACGUUCAUAUUCCGUUGAAAACUCUAGAGUCGUCUGGUAGGGCAAAGACAAGUGAGCAGUUGACUCAUUCUAAAGAUUCAUCGGCUAGUAUAGGAAGUACCCAAAUUGGUAACAUCACUACGCAGUCGUUCUCUUCGUUGGAAGGUUCGAAGGCGAUUAUAUCUGAUAGUGGACUUCAGAUAUCCAGUCAGUCUCAAUCAGCUACGUUAACCGAAUCGAAUUCCGAUAGCUUAGGACUGAACGGCACCGCCACCAGUCAAGGUGGGACUACAGUUUCUCUCGGAUCCACAGUUGUGUACUCCUCUUGGACUGGCACUUUCAUAUCGACAUACUCUACCGAGAACAUGGUAUUUAAAGGUUCGGAUGGCAAGCUUACGGAACAAGCUGUCUACUAUGUCUUGACCCCAACCCCUGCUUCUUUGCCUUCCGGUAGCAGAUCGCCAAGCAGCUCACAUUUCGAAUCCACCGCUACCAGUCAGCUGUCGUUGGAUCAUUCUAUACCUGGUCAAACUCAACCUGACAGUUACUCCUCAAUCGUGCUGUCUUCCUCCAGGUCGACAGCAACUCCCUUGUCCUCUAAAAUUUCGACUCUAAGUGAAGUACCAUCUGGUGGUAAUUUUACCGAGGAAUCGUCGAGGAGUGUAAUCUCCAGUGAGCACCUCGGUUCCUCCGAGGCUACCUCACCUAUUAUAAUCGUGGCAAGUGCAUGGACUGGCACAGUAACCACGACGUAUUCAACACUAACAACUUCCACAAGGGGGGCAGAUGGUAAGAUUACGGAAGAAGCUAUAUUUUACAUUUUGACUCCAAUCGUACCUUCUUCGCUUUCUUUAAGCGGGUCUUUCGAAACUUCUUCGGAAAGUGAUACGUUGACAGCUAGCCUCAACACACCUUCUUCUAGUCAAUCCCUAUCCCGAAGCAUUGAUUCAAGCGAACAGUUGUCAGAGGCUUCCUGUAACUCAAACUGUCUAUUGUCCUCCCAAAGCCUAUUAUCGACAGCGACAAUCGCACUUUCCGAGCCCACAGCAAGUACACAAGAUUGGUAUAAUACAGAUAUAUCCAUGUCAACUCCGCCAAGUACCCUCUCCGUAACCAAUGGCGGGUCAAUCGCAGGGAAUGCCACCCAAAGCGUACCUUCCGAGUCUGUUUCCUCAUCAUCUGAGGACACUGUACUUGCCCCUGCAAUAACCGCGGGAACUCUAGGAUGGACCGGCUCUGUCACAAUCACAUCCACCUCCUCAAGUUUGUUUACAGGAUCUGAUGGCAAAUAUACAGAGCAGAAUGAAUACUACAUCCUUACGCCCCUUUUAGGAUCUAAAUCUGCUAAUAUACUAACUACUGGCUCUGCGUUUUCGAGUUUGAGUUUCGAGACUGACAAGAGUCUUUCCACUGCGGCAUCUAUCAGUAAUACCCUCUCUAGUGGAAGAAAUGCCCAAACGUACUCCACGUACAUUUACAAGCCCAGUAGCUUGCCUUCUAGUGGCAGCUUUGUCUACUAUAGCAAUUCCUCAUCAAGUCUCCCCAUCAGUGCUACAAAUUCACGGCCAGUCAGGUCGGGUGACAGCAUAUUCUCUUCUCAAAAUUUAGCCACCGAGUCUUCUGAAUCCAUGUACAGUCUACCCUCAGGUUACAGUACCCUACCUGGUAGCAGCUCGUCUUCCAUUUUUUUGGCAGGUAUUACGAGUACUUCUAAGUCAACGGGUAUGAAAAGUAAUGUCCCAAUUACUUCGAUCUCUUCCAGCUAUUAUAAUACAGCUGGUGGAUUAUCAAAGUCUGAUAACAAUUACAAACCAAGCUCUUCCUCAAGUAGCGGGUUUCAAAGCAGGGAUACUGGUUCGAUCGGAGAAUAUGCUUCAAGCGUGUUGCCCGUGAGCGCCAAGUAUUCUUCGACGUCAGGCUUCUCAUCUACAAGCAUCGAAAAAAGCUUUGUGUCAGAUAUUACCUCUAUACUAACCCAAAACAGCAAAACCGGUACCCUAGGGCCUUCAAUUACAUCGUUUUACUCUAGCUUUUAUGGAAGUACGGCUGCUUUUCAUAGUGUCAGCGACGCAGUAUCCAGCGUUUAUGCCAGCAGCGGAACUUUUACGACUUGGUCAAAAAUCUUUUACAGUGAAGAAGCGACACCUUCUAGUGGGCCCAACGUGAUGCAUACAACCUCAGUCUCAUAUACACGAUCGCCUUCUGCCAAAAACAGUGCAGAUAAUAUCGUGACAAAAUCUGACGCGAAACGUGGAACGAAAGAACGCAGCGGAACAUUAACUUCCGCUCCAGUAUCUACUGCUUCCUCGGUCGGCCCCAACGGUAGGACAACAGACACCGAUGCCUCUCUUCUUUUGACUUCAACUAAAUCCUCAUCAGGUAAACCCUCAUCCUAUGAUCACUCAACAGAUGGUCAAGGGUCCAGUUUGGCCCAAGUUGACGUUAGUAUUUCCAGCAAGAGUACUGUGAUAUCUACAUUAACAGUUGCAGCAACUAAGCAAGAGAAGCCUUCAGCUUCUCGAAACGAUCAACAGGGGCUCAAAAAUACGGAAACGACCACUUCGGCCGGCAUGCCCAUGCAGCGGACGGAAGAUAGUGCGCAUACUGCGCAAAUUUCGUCUUCAAUUUCCAAUACAGAAAAUGCUCAAGACUCUGCAACUUUCAAAACCUCCAGUGUUUCAAGACAAAGUUCAGGAAUUAGUACUGCGUCUGCUACAACGAUCCUCGGGCCAACUGACACUCGAAUCCACAAUGAAGUCACUGGUUUAAGUAACUCCCCUGUGUCUAGCACAGGUCUUGUCAAUGAAGUUGAUUCAAAUGCUUCACCUAACAAGAAUGACGCCGGUGCCCAAUCCAGCAUAUUCACACCAAACAAUGUCAGUGGCCCACAAGCCACCGAUUCACUGGAAUCAUCAGGCAAAUUUACAGGUAGCUUGGUUAGCUAUUUCUCCCAAGCUGCUGAACCCUCAAUUUUAACUUAUGAAGGUCGCGCUAAUAAAUUAAACUUUGGUUUGAUUUUCGCUCUUCCAUGGGCUCUUCUGUAA